AUGAAUACUGAAAAUCCAUUUGCGGCUCUUAGUCCAAGCCCAGCACCUUUUGCUGCUACUGCAGGUUAUGAAGAAAUUGAAGAAGUAGACACAUCGAAAUAUUUGUUUUCUGCCCUAAAAAUUGGCACUACCAUUUCACUUGGUCAACCAAUGUCCUCAGACCCUCCAGCUAAAUCAUAUUUGUUUUCCAUUCACAACUCGAGUGGACGGUUUGUCGCAGGUGUUCCCAAUGGUCUUGUUCUAGGCUCUACUUCAUUUUUACACAAGUUCCUCGAUGAGGCCCCGAUGAACGCAGGCCCUCAACAACUUCCACUAUCGUCUGAAGUUGUCCACCUUACUAUUCCAAAUGCAAACUUCUCUUUUGUUGAUUUUACUUCCAAAGGAACAUGUGUUGUGGCAUAUAGCCUCUCUUCUCAAGAAUUUAUUGUCUUUGAUACGGCCUCCUGUUUACUGGGUAAUGUCAAUCCCCGCUGGAAAAUUCAAGUGCCGAACUUGGACUUCAUUCUUCCAAAUCCAGAAGACGAUGAUCUUAUUGCUCUUCAUUUAACUACGCUAGAGUUAUGUAUCUUUAGCAUUUCUCAGUCGACCAUACAUUCUCCAAUAGCCAGAGAAGCUACCACCAUAGCUUGGUCAAGGCGCGGUAAGCAAUGUGCUGUAGGAUUUUUAAAUGGUUCUAUAGUUCAGUAUACUCCCGAUGGACAAGCUAAAAAGGAAAUUGCUACUCCUUCUGGAUUACAAGGUUUUUAUGUCCAGGAUAUUGCAUGGGUGCAAAAUCGUGAGUUCAUUGUCUAUUAUAGUCCUACAUCAACAUUGGCAAACAGUGAACCUGAACACGAGUCGGUUUGCUAUAUUAUUAGUUUGGGACUGGAUCAAUCAGUUAGUUAUAAAACUGCGACAGAUCCGACUCCUCCGUUUGGCGCUGACUAUCGUCAUGAUCACCAUUAUUUCUCCUUCCUUCAAUCUUGGAGUCCAAAUAUAAUAUCUUUAGCAAUCGUGUCAGCAAGUUCAAGCUCGGAUAUCGGUCUCUUUGCUCAUCUGGUAGACUCAAACUCAUGGAAGAGCUUGGUCAUUUCCGAAGAAACAAAGAGAGCCUCUCUUCCAUAUUCUCAGGAAAAGGAGCAAGAUACUUCUCCUUUGUCUCUCAGUUUAGACCUUACUUCUACAGAAAGAGUCCAGAAGCCAUUGAGCCCAGCAGAAUUUCCUGCGGACUGCCCUCCUCUCCCAAUUCUAUGGAUUUAUGAUACUGACUAUCAGCUUUCGGGAUUUCGAUUCAUUUAUACCGAUGCUAUUACGGAAAAUUCGAUUUAUCCUGAAAUGGUCGUAGCCAAAAACAUUUCGGGUUCUGAGACUGUUCGAACCUCUAACAAUGAAAACGUUAAUUCUUUUGCUUCUUUUUCAAACCCUCCUAAACCAGGCUCCCAAAUGUCGUUUGGUGCCUUUCAAACUCAGAAUCCUGCGAAAACAUCGGCUUUUGGUCUUAACCAAGGCUCUCCUUUUGAAGCAGCGAACACAGCUCCGAAGUUUGGUGAGUCUUCAUUCUCAUUUAAAGUAAAUUCCGCCCCUGCAAACAAUGCGUUUUCGUCUAAUAAUUCCUUCUCUGGUUUUGGAACGAAACCUACUUCUUCCGCUUUUUCUUCUUUUGCUAGUACAUCAACUCCCGCUAAUUUAUCUAACGUUCCAAAGGAUAAUGAAGCAUCCUCGAUUUUUGGAAAUGCUAAAGGCACUGAUAAACAGUCAUCCUUGUUUUCUUCUGUUCCUCCUGAAAAAGCAGAGCCUGAAGAAGAUAUGGAAUCAGACGUGGAGAGUGAAAAAGUCGAGUCACUAGCCAAUGCCGAUGCUGAUCCUUCCGCGAAUGAACCUGGUAAUAGUAAUAUUAACUGGGGAAGUGGUUUAUUUGGUAAUGCUACCCAGCCCUCAUUUUCCUUUGGCCUUAGUCUAGACGACAAAACACCGAAAGAAAACUUUUCUAUUUUUGGUAAUAAGCCGAAAACUACGACUGCAUCAUCUACUACUCAAGCGUCGGCUAAACCAUUUUCCUUUGCACCCACAGAUAAAUCAGUCUUCAGCUCUCCUUAUAAGCCAAUAACUCCAGGAUAUGAUGAGUUGCCAAGAAAUGAGUCUGUAACUAAGGAAAGUACCGAAGAAAAAGACCUCGAAAAGGACAUUGCUGCUGAGGUGCUUGAGGGGAAUACCUCAAAGGGCUCGCCAGAGAAGGAGGAAACAGAUAAAAGGCCUACAGAGGAUACAGCCGACAAAGGUCCGCUACAAUCAGACAAUAAGGAGUUUGUUGAAGAAGACGAUAAAGUGCCUGAGAAGGAGGAAACAGAUAAAAGGCCUACAGAGGCUACAGCCGACAAAGGUCCGCUACAGUCAGACAACAAGGAGUUUGUUGAAGAAGACGAUAAAGUGCCUGAGAAGGAGGAAACAGAUAAAAGGCCUACAGAGGCUACAGCCGACAAAGGUCCGCUACAGUCAGACAACAAGGAGUUUGUUAAAGAAAAUGAUAAAGUGCUUGAGGAGGAGGAAACAGAUGAGAAACGUGCAGAACCUAUCUUAGACGAAGGUUUCACAGAUUAUGUGAAAUCCGAAAAAGCUACCGAUGUUAAUGAAACCAAUCUUGAAAAUGAUCGACAAUCUCCCUUUAUAGAGGAAUUGAACGAUGAUGCCGAUGAAGUUGAUUCAGCGAUAAUGCCGAAGGAAAGUUCUUCUAUGACUGACAGUAAGCUCCUAGAUACUGAAGUUGAUGAGGGUGAAAAUCCAUCUGGCGAGGUAUCAAACGAAACGAAUGAAAGUGAAGGUUGGGAAAAGAUUGAAGCUAUAGGAAACGAUUAUGACGAAGCUUUGACCACGAAGUCCGAAGACAACCAUGAGGAUGUAUCGCAGGCUCCUGUUAUGCCUGAAGAGAAACCAACAAAAGCAGAGAUGGAAAGAGAGGCUUUGACUGAUGAGGAUAUUGAAAAGCAACCUGCUGGAAUUCCAAUCAAAGAGUCAAAGAACUUACCUUUCAAAACUAAUAACAAUGAAAGUGUUAUCAACAAAGAAUUUAAACAUGAAGAAGUUUCUGAAAACUCUUUUGUCAAUGAAGCUCCUAAGCCCUUAGAGAAAAAGCCUGUUCUUCUUCAAGCUCCAGAUUUAUUAGAAGAUAUGCAGGAGGCAGUUAGUACUGAAUCCAACCCAAUGGUAAAUGCAUUUGAAAAUGUAUACUUACAAUUCGAGGCAGAGUUGGAUCUAGUGUCCCGAAAUAUGGAAAAGCUAAUUCAUUAUGUAAAUGACCAAUCCAAUACCGGAUAUUCUAAUGAUAUAUAUCCAAACAUGACUUGUCUUUUUGAUGAUACUCAAGUAUUGGAAAGUUUGCUUGAUAAAGUAAGUUUAUGGACAUCUGGGAAAAGCGAAUAUGACAGAAAACUUGAUGCUUUACGUGUGACGCUCGUACGACUGAAUGCUAAAAGAGUACAAAUUCAAAGACUCAUAUACGCUCAUACAGAUCCUGUGUUUGUCAAUCGACUUAAACUGCGGCAGUUAGGCCCUGAAGCACUUCGGCGACAAAAAGAGCUUCGUGUUUCCAUGGAAAAGGUUCAAAGACUUAUGACCUCCGCUGAAAACAUGGCAUACGAUGUGCGCUUAAGCGACGUACAAAGCCGUAAACGCUUAAGCCUGGCUUCAAUAGAAGUUGCAUGCAGUCGUAUUGCUACUGUUUUAAGUCAGCGAGAGCGAGAAUUAUUUAAGCUCGAAGCUGAAGUUAAAGGGUUGUCUAGCUCAAGCGGCAAAGGACCUUUUAUGAUGAAUGACUUGAGUUCCAGUUUAACAAGUUCACUCGAAAAAGGAUCAGAUUCUCUUGUUGAGCUACGCGAAGGUUCCAGAUCAUUAGCUAAACCGGAAACGCAACGUCAAGAUGACUUUUGCGACCUUAUCUUUAACAACGAUCAAUACCAAGUAUUUUAG